AUGCAAUCUAGAAAAGCCAUGAGUGUGGACACAGCUCUUAACCAAGGAGUACAACAAGAGGUUGAAAUUGAGUCAACAUCAAAUAGUACUGAUAUUUCCUUACCUUCAGAGCCUGACGUACAUGUACCCAAGGACAUGCAGAUCCAAUGCGAGUUACUUGGUCGGUAUUCGAUUGAGAGGUUUAUGGACAAUCCAAAGGCAGUUUCAUUUUAUACAGGUUUUAAAUCUUAUGAACAUUUUAUGUUCUUAUUCCAUGCACUAGGUCCUGCUGCAUAUGAGCUCAAAUAUAAAUGUUCAACCCUUCAUCCAUCGGAUCAGCUUUUUAUAACAUUGAUUAAACUUAGAUGUGCCAAAGAAGAUGUAGAGUUAUCCUUGCUAUUUGAUUUAUCUGUUUCAACCAUUGCUAGGAUUUUUAAUACCUGGAUUAACUUCCUUUAUUUUCAAUUGAAUGAAUUAAAUAUUUGGCCAUCAAGAGACAUUGUUGAUAAGCAUAUGCCAGUAGAUUUUCAUAGAAAAUUUCCAAGGACGAGAGUUAUUCUUGAUGCUACCGAGAUUCCUAUCCAGAAACCUCAAGACGUUAACAUUCAGAGUGGGACUUGGUCAUCCUACAAGCACAAAAAUACUGUGAAAACUAUGGUCGGGUGUACCCCAAGAGGUGCUAUAUCCUAUAUUUCAGACUGCUAUGGGGGAUCUACCAGUGACAGGCAGAUUAUUGAAGACUCAAGUCUUUUAGAUAAUACCAGGUUUGAAUCUGGGGAUAGUAUAAUGGCGGAUCGAGGCAUAAUGGUUCAAGACCUCUUUGCAAACAACGAUGUGUAUGUUAAUACGCCUACAAUGCUGAAAGGAAAAUCACAACUAGAGCCAGAAGAAAUUGUGAGGGAUAGACGUGUUGCAUCCAAGCGUAUCCAUAUAGAACGUGUUAUAGGAUUAGCCAAACGUUUUAAAAUUCUUAAGUCCGAACUUCCAAACACCAAACUGUCAUUAAGUAACAGAAUUGUAUUUGUUUGUUUUGCAUUGACAAAUUUCAAAAAUGCAAUUGUUGAUAAAUUUGCCUAG